AUGGACCACAACUACCAGAGCCAGCAGGGCCGUCCACCGACGCGUCGGCGCGCCCUCGCCGAGACGUCUUCCCGCGGCAAUGAGGUCCCGCAAGCUCAGCGUCGAGGGGACAAGCUUAGCCGUGACCAGAUGCCGUCUUCCUCACCGCAGCCUCUCCCACACAACGAGUCUCUAGUGCCCAAUGGCUCGCUUGCCGUACGUCACGAGCAACAACCCUCGCCAGAGAACAAGCGUCUCUCUGCCGUCCAAGCCCACUACCCCCGCCCACACGGCAACAAGCGUGACUCCGAGGUUUCAAACGCCAGCACGAAUGCUUCCAGCACCAACCGGCGACGCAAGACAAGCAUUGGCCCAUGGCAGCUGGGCAGGACCAUCGGUCGCGGCGGCUGUUCGCGUGUACGCCUCGUCCGGCACACUGGCACAGGGCAGUACGGUGCUGCGAAAAUCAUCUCCAAGGCUACCGCAGAAAAGGUGCGCGCGCUGAGCUUGGCCAAUCUGAUCAAGAGUGCCGAGCAGGAUGUGACCACGGGCAAGGUCAUCCCAUUCGGCUUGGAGCGAGAGAUUUGCAUCAUGAAGCUGCUAGACCACCCGAACAUUGUCCGUCUAUAUGACAUCUGGGAAAAUCGCAAUGAGCUCUACCUCAUCAUGGAGUACGUCGAGGGCGGCGAGCUUUUCAGCUUCAUCCAUGAGCAGGAGGGUCUAAUCGAGAUUCACGCUGUACACAUCUUCCGACAGAUCAUCGCCGCCCUCAUUUACUGUCACCGCAUCAACAUUCACCAUCGAGAUCUAAAGCCGGAGAACAUCUUACUAGACAGAGAUACCAUGACUGUCAAGCUGGUCGACUUCGGAAUGGCUGCGUUACAGCCCGUGGGAAAGAAGCUCACCACGCCAUGUGGAAGCCCGCACUAUGCCGCGCCAGAGGUUAUCAAGACCACAUCAUACGAUGGCGCAAAGGCAGAUGUGUGGAGCUGCGGCGUUAUCCUCUUCGUUCUCCUGACUGGAACACCUCCUUUCAACUACUCGGGCGAGGACAGGCACUUGGGAGCCUUAUUCCGCGACAUCCAAGCCGCAAAGUAUGUCAUGCCGGACAACAUAUCACCCGAGGCUCAGGAUCUCAUCCGACGUAUACUCGUUGCAGACCCGAAGCGUCGGAUAGGCUUGGAUGAUAUCUGGAACCACCCAUUCAUGCGAAAGUACCAGAAGGAGCUCAACUUUGUUGGAGAGUUUGCCACGGUGGACCACUGGACGGGCCCUCUACCCGCGAUUGCAGAGUGGACGUCACUCAAGCGAGAUACUGUUGAUCGCGAGAUUCUGCGAUAUUUACGUACAUUAUGGCACAGCGAGAAGGAAGAGGUCUUGAUACAGCGUCUUCUAAGCAAAGAGGCAAAUCAAGAGAAGUAUUUCUACUCGGCGCUCCGGAAUUACCAUACCGAUCAGCUCGAGAACUAUCAGCCUGAUGCGCAUCAUGCUGUGGCGAGGUCAAACAGCGACCACCAUCACAACACGCGGCAUACCCCUACACGUAAGGAUGUCGAAGAGAUGCCUUCCCACAAGCAUCAACGCUCGCAGUCGGCCUACUCAAUUCUCAACAACGAACAUCUUUACUCUCAGCACAGCUUCUAUGAGUCGCCCGUCUCGGAAGCCAGCUAUGACCCUUAUCGAGCGUCGAGACAGCCAAUUAUACCUGAACAAGCGGUCAUCAACCAGAACGUUACUAUACACCGCGAACACAGCAAUGCCAGCGAGCCCCGCAAGCGUCGUCCAGCUACAGCAACGGGACAGCAUUCAACGCUCUGCUUUGUCUCGGUGCUCCUCAUACCGAAGCACCCCGUCGCACCGGUCCGCAUCCAUGAAGCGUCGUUCUAUGUCACGCGCUUCUCUGGCGAGUUCGCACUGGCCGAGCAGUCCUCCGGUUGUCCUUAUCGAUCAUCGAAGUCCCGGGCCACUCCUCGGAUGGAGAAGCCGCGCCUGAGGCACCGGAAGCCAGAGAGCCCAUCCAAAUAUAUUCAGACAGAAGCCCGAAAGGUCAGCACUGAGCUGGGCAAGGCUAUGGAGGUCGCCUUCAACCGCUCCUCCAUCGGCUCGAGCGUUCGGACGUCAGGCACUGAGGUGCUCCGUGACAUGUCCCAGUAUGACACUCCACCCACUUCCUUCUCGAACACCAGGGACUCGGGUGGCAGUUCGAUUUUGACCCCGAACGUGAAGGGUGCGCUAGCUCAGCGACCACUACCGCCUGUCCCGAACGAGACGCCAAACACGUUCCUGCAGCGAAAAUUGGCAGAGACUCGUGCGGAAAUUGCCCGACGUUACGAAGAAAAUGGCGACAAUACUGAUCACAUCAACGAGGUCCUCGAGAACUUGGAUCGUUUGAUGCUGCCUGCACCCAACAGCAAGCGCACUGUGUCUGCUCCUGCAAAGUCUCCAGAGCAUCCUCUACCUCUGCAUGCUAUCCCAGAAGAGAGGCAAGACAGCGAUGACCGGUUUGAACAGCCCUAUAGCCCCAACUAUAGAGCUGUUACUGAUCCCGUUAGACCACAAGUCAAUCGUGCGGCGACCGAGCAGCAGACGAUCCGCCUUGUUGAUCAAUCACCAACACGGAUAGCUCCGCUCAACAUCCGCAAGCGUAGUGGUGCGAGCAUCAACUCCAGGGCUGCCAAAGAGGCGCACUCUGUACCUUGGCCUGAACCAGUAUCGAACUCCACCGUGCGGCCGUACCAAGAUGUGCAGAACGAUUUACAUAAUGCGCGUAUUGCUCAGCAAACCACAGCACUGGAUAAGAAGGACCCGGUCAUCAAGAAGAAGAAGUCACUGUGGUUCCGUCGCAACACGGAAGAGCGAGAUCGCGACGAAGACAAGGAGAACCAAGCCAAGAAGAAGGCUUCAACGGGCCUACUUCAGAUCCCUGAUGCAUGGCACGGCCUUGAUGAUCGUCUCAAAAUCGAGAAUAAUGAGCCCAUGACCUAUUUCCCUCCACUUACUGCUAAGCAACCGGCGAAGAGCAAUGACAGCGAGUUUCCGAUUCGCAACAGCAGCGCGCCAGUGACUAAGAGCGAUGGCGCCCUGCGAAAGGGUUUUCUUGGACUGUUCGGCAAGAAGCCCAAGGAAGACAAGGGCAAGCGACCGAUGGAGCUCGGCAGUAAGCAAUUCUACUUUGGAGGAUAUGUAUGUGGUACUAACAUCUCUUCAGCAGUAAACUUCAGCUCUUCGUCUAUUCUUUCUGGUUUCGAUCUUGGCGCUGAGCACGGCGGCGAAGCGGCACCUCGCACUGGUCCUCCCGAGAUGCAGAUGAACUGGCUCUCUCGCUUCUUGCAUAUCAAGCCUGCCAAUAAGACUUUGUGCUUCCAUAUUGGCCGCGGUAAGGUCCGACAGGAUUUGGUUCGCUUGCUUCGGGAUUGGCAGCGCUUUGGCAUCCGCGACGUUACUUUUGAUCGAGAGACUAAUACGAUCACCGGGCGUGUUGACAAAGGCAACCGUAAGUAUAUCUCCUCCCCUUGUCCGGAUCUUUUGUUCAGCGAGUGGCGCAUGGAAGACUGGCGUUUCAAGGUUGAGGUCUUGGAGGUGGAGCAUAUCUUGCGAUAUCUCAAGAUUAAGCCCGUGUCCUUCGUCAUCGAGCUCUUUGUCGUUCUUGAGCACGGCCAGCGUGCCAACCUCUGCCUCGCGCGAUUCACCCAGACGCGUGGUGCCGCAUCGAGCUUCCGAAAAGUUGUCGAUAUUGUCGAGGAUGUCUGCCGCGCUCGGUGCAUGCUCAUCGACGACCCCGAGAAACAGGCGGCCAUGAUGGAGGUCUUGGAUUAG